GUUUGUAGGGGAUGUAGGUGUGGAUCUCCCCAUGUUAUUGCGUCAAAGCAACAUGGACAUUCCAAUCCUCCUGAUGUACACAGAUGAGUGCGAGACGGCAGAGACACUGUUCUCCGACUUUGCCCUUCGCAAACAGAGCAGGACUAGAGUUCUCACCGUCAGUGACCCUGCCAGUGAGAAACAUGCCAGGAAGUACAUGAUAAAAGGAAUGAAAGAGGGCCUGUGGGUUCUGCUUCACAAUGCCCACAACUCCCCCCACUUACUGCAGAAUAUAGAGGCCAUCCUGGAGGAGAACCUGGACACCAUGGACCCCCAGUUCCGCUGCUGGAUAUCUGUCCAAGCUGGGCACCCUAAUGUGCCGGUCAGGAUACUGCAGAAUACAGUGAAAGUGUUGGUGGACUCACCAAAGAUCAUGAAGGACAACCUGAUACGGGCCUUCUCCUGGGUGGAUGCAGACAUAUUGAAGCAGAGUUCCCGUCCUGAGUGGCCUGCCUUCCUGCAUAAUAUCUGCUACCUCCACGGCACCAUAAGACUGCGGGCCAGGUUUGGCAAGGGAGGCUGGAACAACCAUGAGGACUUCCUCAAGAUUGGGAACAAUGAACUUUUUGAGGCUCUUGCCCUGGCUAUAACAGAAUUCCGUGAUAACCUGACCUGUAUUGGCCCAGAUGGCAGUGCUGUUCCCAGGAAUACUUCCUGGAAUGGUAUCAGAUACAUGCUUUCUGAGGUGAUCUAUGGCAGUUAUGUGUCUGACCCGUAUGACCAGCAGACCCUGAGUGCAAUUAUUGACUACUGGAUCUCACCUAACGCAACUAAGAAAGACUUUGAGUUGGCCAGAUUGAAAUACAGACAUCCCCAAGCCUUCUUUGCCCCUCACAUCCGACUGAAUGCCCUGAUGUCAUCUUUAGAGGGGAUUCCAAAUCACUUCUUAGAUGUGCCAGAGGCAUGCCACUUACAUCAGAGCUCAGAGUAUGGUGCUAGCAAAGCCUUCUAUGAAGCCCUCAUGGAUCGUGGGCUCAAGGGGUUUGAAGUGUGUCUGCUUGGAGAUGACCAGUAUGUAUUUACCAGACUUAACAGGGUGUUUGACAACAUGCCGCAGUCAGAAAACCUCAGCCACAAACUUUUCCCUAGACCCCCUACUCCAUUUGAAGGUCCCCCCAUAGCCCAGGUGAGCAUGCACAGCCUGAACCCUCAGAUAGUAAACAUGGGAGUGUUUGCCACAGCCAGCUUUGCUGCCAUGAAGCUGAGGAAAGAUGUAGAGCUGUGGGAGAUCUGCCAUACCACCAUCCCUAAGGUGCCAAAGGCUUUCAGCAAGGAAUAUGUCUUGGAGAAAAUCAAGAAGAAUGAGAGGAUAGACCCUGAGGCUCCAUUUUAUCUGUGGAUACAGAAAGAGUGUGAACAGAUGCAUGCUCUGCUCACUGAUAUCAAAUCAACUCUUGUGGCCAUCAAGAACGCCUGUGAGCUGGGUACAUUUGGUGACCAGUUGACUCCAGACAUGAUCCUGGCAGCAGACGACCUAUACCACAUGAGGAUACCAAGGACAUGGUGUGCCCUGUCAGGUCACUCAGCACCACCACAGAACUACCCACUUGGACAGUGGCUGACCUCACUGACUGAGAGAAAUCAGCACUUUGAGAAGAUCAUUAUCUUGGGCCGUGAGAAGAUGCCUGCUUACUGGCUUGGUGCCUUCUUCAACCCCAAGGCUCUGUUAGCCUUACUGAAGCAAGACUCACACAAACACUACUCUGUGGAUAGGUCAGGGUCUGUGGAGCCAUUUGUCUUCCAGACAGAGAUCACUGCCAGGGAUAAAGACCAUUUACGAGAUCCCCCACAAGAAGGCAUGUUUGUAUUUGGCCUGUACAUGUGGGGCUGUGCCUGGGAGAAAACGACAGGAGAGCUGCUGGACCUGCCACCCAAACAUGGCUGCACACCUUUGCCAGUCGUACACAUCACGUGCUGGCCACAGUCCGAGAAACCAAACAUCCAGGAUCCAACACGAGCAGCAGAGACCUAUGCAUGUCCCUUGUUCCAUUCUCGCACUGCCCCACGCGACCCUAUCAUGGAGAUUGAUGUUAGGAGGGAGAACAUUCCUGCCACUCGUUGGGCUCUGAGAGGACUGUCAGCCACCAUUAGGCCUUAUUAAUUUCUGCCACCAUCUUGUGAUAUGAUCGCAGGACUUUUUUUAGGCACUGUAAACACUGCUGUUUUUGUUAAACAAUUAACCUCAAGGUUAUUCAUGAUUACAGUAUUUACCAAAAGGAUAAUGCCACCAUUUAAAAUAAAGUAAACAAGGGUAAUUAAUACACAGCUUACUUGUUAAAUAAAGCACUUGUUGUAGUCCGGUUGCUUAGGGCAAAAAAAUGGCCAAAUCGUGACACAGCGGAUAAA